AUGGAAACGACUAACCAUGGUUGGUUCGGCGAAAAUGCUUCAAAGUUGCAUGUACAUGAUCUACCACAGCUGUGGCAGAAGCCCUCGGCUGAAGACCUCCUCCAUGCUUUGGAUGUGCUGACUAUUGCACCCCCAUCUUUCGAGCUUACAAGAGAGAUUCAUGGGGAAGGGCGCUCGCCGGUCGACGAAACAGGUGUACCUGCUUACCUGACAUCCAUCGUUGCGUCUUCUCUCGCAUGGAUCCAGGAUGAUGCUGGGCGCGAGAGGAUCUGGGACUGCGCGAGCAUGCGUCUGAGUGAGCGAUCUGGGCGGACUGCAAGGCCAGCCAUGACGCGCAAAUUUGAGGUUACAGACGCCCUCACCAUUGAUCUUCACGAACCGUCGCUCACAGGAGACAACCUCGGGCUGAAGACGUGGGCAUCCUCACUUCUCCUGUCAAGACAGUUGCCUGCCCUGAGAAAAUUCGUAUCGGGCGGCCGGCCACGGCUUCUCGAGCUCGGGGCUGGAACUGGCCUUGUAGGUAUCAGUGUUGCUUGUCUAUGGCAGGCCGACGUUGUGCUUACCGAUCUGCCUGAAAUUGUGCCAAACCUCGAGCGUAACUUGGAGUUGAACGAUGAUGUGUUGUCGGGCUGGGGCGGUUCUGCUAGCGCGCGAGCUCUAGACUGGUCGGAUGAUGACGAUGCACCGUGCAGGUCAAGCGACAAAUUCCCAUCUAUUGUGGCAGCAGACCCGAUAUAUUCUCCGGACCACCCCGAAAUGCUUGUCCGGGCCAUCAGCCGCUGGCUUGACUUCGCUCCGAGCUCUCGCGUUAUCAUAGAACUGCCCCUUCGCCAGCACUAUGUCCAGGAAAGGGCUCAAUUGAGAUCGCUCCUCGGCGGCAUUGGUCUAGUGCUGCUGAUCGAGGACACAGAGCAAGGCUUCGAUGACUGGCUGGACGAAGACGGCAAGCCGGCUGAGGUCAUAUGCGAAUGGAGUAUUUGGAAGCCGCAGGAUGAUAGAGCGUCUCAGGGAGAAGAAUCCCAGAAGUCAACCGGCACAUGGUAG